AUGGGAGGUUUGUGUGGCAUUUGUUUUGAGUAUGGGUAUGGUGUAUUUGAUGAUGUGAAAAUCCUAAUAUCAGGGAGAAUAAAUGAAAAAGAUCAUCAGAAUCAAUUAAUUGCAGAACUUGAAUCAAUCCAACGUCAUUUAAAAUGUGAAUAUGACAAGAACUUGAAGUGGAUUGCCUAG